AAUUUAAUAUAAUUGAAAUUGUGGAGCAAUAUUGAAUAUCAUGACAUCAAAAUAAAUGACUUUCAUUAGUAACUCACGGAGACAAUUGGAGACGAUACAAAAUCUGGGAAGCGACAAGUGUUUUUAUUCACCCACAAUGCAUUGAAAUGUUUCUAUACACCAAUCAGCUGGUACAUCGGGACAGCUGUGUGUGGACCAUAUUGAGAAAUUCAAUACUCUCCGUCAACACAGCAGGGGAUCAAUACAUCAGUUGUGAUGGCUAAUGAAGAUAACUCCAGCGAAUGUUCAAAUAAUGAUGAUGACAGCGUUUGGAAUUACGUCCCCGAUUCGAUCCUUUUACAUAUUUUCCAAUACCUAUCCUCUCGAGAACUUUUAGAUGUUGGUUUGACUUGUAAAGCGUGGAGAAGAGUUAGUCUCGAUGAAUUUUUGUGGAAAGAUCUUCUGUAUUCGAAUUUCAAAAUAGAUCCCAGUGUUGGAAUUGCACCAGACAAAACUUCUUGGCUUCAUGAAUAUAAGCGCUUGACAUACCAUAUUCCAAUAGUUCAGACAGAAAAUUUAAAAGAUCAUUCACAUCAAGUGCUUCAUGUGAGUUUUGCACACAAUGGUAGUAUGUUUGCCACUUGUUCCAAAGAUGGAUAUGUAUUGGUUUGGGAAUCAAAUUAUCCUGCCUCAAUUAAAUAUCACCAUGACAUGAAAGUAUUUUCCUGGAAAUAUACUCAAUUUUCACAAUUUAACCAAUCAGAUACUUUACUUUUGGUAUCAGGUGUUCAUUUUGGUACACCUCACAGUACAUCUGGAGAAAUAGCUGUUUUCAGUUUACAGGGUAGUUUUGAUCUACAGUGUCGAGUAAUGAAUAAACCUUAUGAUAUUUUUGGAACGUGGUUUAGUGAUCAACAUUUACUCUCUGGAGAUUUGCAUUGGUUGGCUCAUCUUGUUAGUACGUCUAUUCUUUGGCUCAAUAAAGCUUCCCAAGAAGCUACUUCAGAACAUGUUCCAAUCAUGAACCAGCUGUACCGUUUCUAUAAUUGUAAUGCAAGUUCAAUUCGAGCAAUUAUGAUUGCAAAUUGUCUUGCUCCUUCACCAUUUGAUAGCUCAUCAUCAGAAGAUCUGGUUUCCAAGACAGACACAGCUUGCUCUGGAAGUGAGAGAGGGAACCCUCCUUCUCAUAGAGAUUUAAAUAAACCUUCAGCAUCCAAAAAUUCAGAUCCAUUGUUACCUCCGGAGACUUUACAACAAGUGUCAUCGAGAUUGCAAGCCAAUUCCCUGGAAGGAGCCUUUAUUAAUUGGCGACGUUUGGGAGAUGGAAUGGAAUAUGCAUGUCCUAUUCAAUAUAAUGCAGAAUAUAGGCAGGUAGAAACUCGGUGUAGAGGAGAAAGGGAUUCUCAUGAAGACAGUGAAGACGAGACAUAUGCCAGUAGUGAAACUGGAAGUAAUGGGCUGGAAGAUCAUGAUUCUGAAGCGUCAGAAGUAUCUAUGGAUACAGGCGAUAGUUUGAGUGAGCCUGAUGAUCUAUCUGGGCAGCCAGAAAAAUAUCUGAUAUUUACCAGAGGCUCAAAGACUUAUACCCCCCAUCAAAUUGGAUUCAAAAGAAUUAAAUCUGUUACAUUCCCUCGGAAAAUGGAUCCUGGCCCUUCACUGCGAGAACGACUUGCUGAAAGAGCUCGAGAGAAAGAAAGAGAGAAGCAAAAUCCAGAUGUGCCUAGACCUGAACCUAAUUGGUUGGUUUAUGAAGAAGUUGCUGACAGAUUUGACAAGGUUGAUCAUUUAAUUGAUUUACAUGGUCAUAUCAUUGGAAUGGGUCUGUCUCCUGAUCACAGGUACCUGUAUGUUAACACACGUCCAUGGCCAAGAGGUUAUGUGGUGAAAAAUCCUCUUGAUCCACCUCCAAUUGCUCAAGAAAUAGACAUUCAUGUAAUAGAUCUUGUUACUCUUAAAGAGGUUGGAACAAUGUUGCGUUCUCAUAAAGCAUACACUCCAAACAAUGAAUGCUUCUUCAUUUUUCUGGAUGUUUGCAAUGAAUAUGUAGCAAGGUAGGUUUAUCAAUAUGAGAAAAUUAACAAAUUUUAUGUGAGGUAUACCAAAGAUGUCUCAUCUCCUCAGUCAGUUUUUGUUUUGAUUUUCUAGUAUGUUCAACUCCAUGUGUGUCUUGUGUUCUUGUCAAUGCUUAA